AUGGCGGCAAACCAAAGCGUGUGUGGAUCAGCAUACCAUUUCAUAGACCCUGCGGGACUGCCCGAGGCUUGUGUUGGGCUCGCAAAGCUGUCAGCCGCGGCUUGGACCCAACUGCCGAUCCGUUGUGUGGGUGUGAGAUCAAAGAAGCAAUAA